AUGCUAAUCUCUCCUCUAGCAGACAGGAACCAGAAGGAGUUGUGUUGAGUGUUGUGUGAUGUGUUGGAGGAGCAGUCUCACAGGGAACUGUUUGCCUUAGAGCUGGGCUCUGGCACCAGACAGCAUGUGGUCAACUUUGCCCUGGCAACGCCCUUCAUCACCUGGCAACCGUCAGACAUCAAAGAGGAGUCCCGUGACAGUAUCAGAUCCUACAUAUCGGUGACCAAAGUGAAGACCGUGCUGCAGCCUGUGCCAGCCGAACCCUGGGAGAAGUGGGCGGGCCUUCCACGCGGGGCCUGUGAUGUCAUCGUGGCCAUUAACCUGCUUCAGUACAGCUCUUUCGACACGUCACAAAAUGGUCUCUUGAUCACACAUGGGCCCUACACCAUCAACGGCACCAUCACCCCCAGCUGUAUGCAGGACUUGGACCAGGAACUACGACAGAUGAACCCAGGGUGGGGUCUACCAGACAUCGACGUUCUGAGACAGCUGGCGUUUGGGAACGGGAUGCGCAUGGAGAGGAUGCUGAGCCUCUUUAACCAGUCUGCUGGUGUGUAUGUAUAAACUAAUGGAUCUUUAAGGAUGGACUAUACUGUAGAAUAUGUAACAUGGGUGUCUGCUACUAGCUCAGUCCUUCUAUAAGGAUGGACUAUACUGUAGAAUAUGUAACAUGGGUGUCUGCUACUAGCUCAGUCCUUCUAUAAGGAUGGACUAUACUGUAGAAUAUGUAACAUGGGUGUCUGCUACUAGCUCAGUCCUUCUAUAAGGACGUUUAGGACCAAGCCUUCAGAAUAUGUAACAGAAGGUAUAUCUGCUACUAGCUCAGUCCUUCUAUAAGGAUGUUUAGGACCAAGCCUUCAGAAUAUGUAACAGAAGGUAUAUCUGCUACUAGCUCAGUCCUUCUAUAAGGAUGUUUAGGACCAAGCCUUCAGAAUAUGUAACAGAAGGUAUAUCUGCUACUAGCUCAGUCCUUCUAUAAGGAUGUUUAGGACCAAGCCUUCAGAAUAUGUAACAGAAGGUAUAUCUGCUACUAGCUCAGUCCUUCUAUAAGGAUGUUUAGGACCAAGCCUUCAGAAUAUGUAACAGAAGGUAUAUCUGCUACUAGCUCAGUCCUUCUAUAAGGAUGUUUAGGACCAAGCCUUCAGAAUAUGUAACAGAAGGUAUAUCUGCUACUAGCUCAGUCCUUCUAUAAGGAUGUUUAGGACCAAGUCUUCAGAAUAUGUAACAGAAGGUAUAUCUGCUACUAGCUCAGUCCUUCUAUAAGGAUGUUUAGGACCAAGCCUUCAGAAUAUGUAACAGAAGGUAUAUCUGCUACUAGCUCAGUCCUUCUAUAAGGAUGUUUAGGACCAAGCCUUCAGAAUAUGUAACAGAAGGUAUAUCUGCUACUAGCUCAGUCCUUCUAUAAGGAUGUUUAGGAUCAAGCCUUCAGAAUAUGUAACAGAAGGUAUAUCUGCUACUAGCUCAGUCCUUCUAUAAGGAUGUUUAGGACCAAGCCUUCAGAAUAUGUAACAGAAGGUAUAUCUGCUACUAGCUCAGUCCUUCUAUAAGGAUGUUUAGGACCAAGCCUUCAGAAUAUGUAACAGAAGGUAUAUCUGCUACUAGCUCAGUCCUUCUAUAAGGAUGUUUAGGACCAAGCCAUUUGUUUUCCCAGAUAGAGAUGCAACAGUAUAAUAAAUGCCUGAAACAUUGCCAUGGAAACAGGGCUUCUUCUGCAUCUGAACAGACAUCCUAAUGACACAUGUUUUAAACAUGUAUU